UAUCUUCUCCUCCGAUCAUCUUCUUUAACCUCACCUCCCUUGCUUCUUAUUCCUUCACUCUAAACUUAUAUAUAUAUACUUUCAGAGUGGAUCUGUUUGUUUUUAAGGGGUAAUUUGUUUGAAUUUAAGACUUUGAUUUUCAAGAUUUAUAUAUAAGAGAUGGAUUUUGAUGAGGAGCAAGAAGAGGAAAUUGAGAUGCAUGAAAUGGAGGCGGAAGGGAAUUAUCCGCCGCUAGGGAGCUCCGGGAUGGGCGGCGGAGAAGAAACGGCCGGCGAGAGAAAAAACGGCGGCGGCGGUGGUGAUGGUGGUGGGGGGAUUAGGUAUAGGUAUAGAGAGUGCUUGAAGAAUCAUGCGGUGGGGAUAGGCGGGCACGCGGUGGACGGGUGCGGCGAGUUUAUGCCGGCGGCGGAGGACGGAACCCUAGAUUCGCUAAAAUGCGCCGCGUGCGGUUGUCACCGGAAUUUCCACCGGAAGGAGGAGGAAGGCGACGGCUUUAGCCAUUUCCACCACCACCACCACCCCCACCUCACUCCCUACCCCUCCUUUCGCCCCUCCGGCUACCUCCACGUGGCCCCUCACCGCCCGCUCGCCCUCCCGUCCUCUUCCCGCGACGACGACGUUUCGAACCCUAGCAGCAGCGGCGGCGCCGCAGACGGCGGCGCCGGCUCCAAGAAGCGCUUCCGCACCAAAUUCUCCCAGGAACAAAAGGACAAAAUGCUCGCCUUCGCCGAGCGGCUCGAAUGGCGCAUCCAAAAACACGACGAGGAAGCCGUCCAAGAAUUCUGCGCCACCACUAACGUGCGCCGCCAAGUCUUCAAAGUUUGGAUGCACAACAACAAACACACCCUCGGUAAAAAACCCUAAUCCCCAUUUCUCCAUUUCUCUCCCCCUUCUUCUUCUCCAGGUACUCCUAGCUAUGGUGGCUAGGCUAGCUAGCUAGCUAAGACAAUGUACGAUGAGACAUUCUUUAACCGCAUGUAAAAUCGGUUGAGAAUUAAGGUUAGGACUAGAUUAGGGUUGUUACACCGACCACCUUAAUUAACUGUCUCACUUCCAUCCCCAUCCCUUUAUUUCUUUUUUUCAUUCUUCUAUUUAGAUUUUCCGACAGCUUGUAGAUGCUGCUCAGGUGCUUACUGGUUUGAAGUCGAGCCAUUAAAUUAUUGUUCUUUUUUCCCAUCAUUCCUUGAUUUAACGUUGUACUCAUGAUCGAGUUUCACCAUCAGAAAUCAAGAUUUCAUUUCUAUCUC